GACAGCAGAGCCGUGUGCUUGAAAGAGGGGCAAAUACCCUUCCGGCAGCAAUACAGGAUGAUGGGAGUUUCAGUCCUACCUUCCUUUGAGAUACUAUUUACAGCUCGCUUUCACACAGGAUGCUUUAGGGAAUUCUGGGCAAGAAACUACAUGAGUUAAAACUAUCCAGUAUCUUUAUUAUUUAGUUUCUCUGUUUCUUAAUGGCUUACAUCCACAGUAUGUAUCCCUUUUUGCUACCCCCGAUUAACUAAAACUUUUCUGAACCUAAUACUUUCAUAAAUCUUUGUGUUACUGCUUCCCUGAAUUUCUGAGAGUCAGACAAUAUCACUCAUGUUAUCUGUCAUGAUGAGGAGUGUGGUCUUCCAGGUCUCAUUGAAUCCAGGAUAUGAAAAAGAAUUACUACUUUCUUCCCAUCAGAAACUUAACAAGGAAUGCUGGAGUUAGGCCCACUGUACUUCAGUGUAAUCAUGACUUCUUAGGCUUGAUAUUUGUAAGAAAUGCUCUUACUUUUUUCCUUUAAAAAAAAAAACCAAACUCAAAACCUUACAGCUUUGUUCUGUAAGGGGCAAUGCGGAGGUUUCUCCAAAAUAAUAGACAUUCUUCUGCUGGUGUACAUUCAAAUCGGAGUGUAAAUUCUAAGCGUUUCUGAUGUCCACGGUUAAAAUGUUCUAGUGGCUUCACAUUGCAGUUGAUCCAAUUGCACAUCUUUGCAGCCCCAUGGGGAUGCCUCACUCUUCUACAUCCCUAGCCGUGUUUUCUUUUCUCUGCUUCGUGUGGACUCUAGUCUGGUAACAUAAAUGAUUCGGUUCUUGAACUUUGCCCCCUUGCCCUCCCUUUAAAAUACAUUAGUUUUUUGCCAUGUUAAUUCUUCACUUUUUUUCAACUUGAUUCACCUUGCUACGUGAAUAGGCAACUGGCAAAAUCAGCACAGAAUGGGCAGGGGUUGUGGCUAGAGGCUGGGAAGGAAAAGAAAGACUUCUUUAUGGAAGGGUAUAAUUUGACUUAAGCUGUAACAGGAAACUUGUACCUUCACUAUUCUAGCCACCAAGACUGGCCUUCAGUAAAUAGUGCACUCCAUUUUUGUCUACAGCUGCAAUUAUAAGCAGUUUGCUGUUGUGUAUUUGAAGUACUUCUGAGUACUACAUCUGUUUGUAUACAUGCACAUAGGUAGCCCUUUAACUUACUGACAUCUUGCUAUCGUUACGCGACGUUUAGAUUAAGAAUGUGAUUGGGAAUUACAUCCUGAGCCUGAAUUGUUCAAUUUCUGCCAUGUGCAGUCAGGCCUUGUGGCCAUAUCAUGUAUGGUUCCAUAUAUUUUUACUUGUGAAAUUAGGUGAAAAAGUUGUAAUUUCAGCCAGACCCUUCAGGCUUUCUAUGUGCAGCUGUAGCACAACUUUUCACCUUAAGAGAAGAAAACCCUUUGAUACCUGUGGCCUCCUGGUUCCCGUUUAUGGAAUGCCAAAUAGAAGGCAGACUUUGAGCGAAAGCAGGUUGUUCUUUUCUCCUUUAAUACUUCAGAGCAGGGCUUGCAAUGAAAAUAUGUGAUUUCUCAUCAAGAUGUAGUACAGGAGGAAGGCUGAGCAGCAGUGUUCUUGAAGUCUCCAGGGGAUGGAAUUCAGUAAGCUUUUGGUAAAAUGCCAGAAGACUGUGGGUUUGCAACUGAAGUGGAAUAAAGGCAGUUCUGGAUAAUAGGGACAUGUUGCACAGAUCAUCCACUCACUACAGAGAAAGGCAAAAAAACCAUCCAUACUUCAAAAUGGAAGAUUCUGUGCCAUUUUCCCUUUUCUGGAAAGGACAGCUAGUGGCUGAGAUGACAUUGUACAGGCAUCUAGAAUCUUGAUGGCAUGUCUUCCCACUGUAGUUCUGAAAUGUGUGCCCUCCUUCCCUCUACUCGGGAAGAUUCAGAAUCGCUUCUCUCAGCUUAACCUCAUCGUACUCUGGAAGACAGAAUUUUAAAUUUUAUUAGAGUGACAGACUACAAAACUAGGAUCUGGUGUUUACAAGUGACUGCUGGAGUGGGAUAUGCUAUACGCUGGCUCCCGGAAACCUGUCAUACUUGGCCACGUUUACAGUAUACAUGAAGCUUAAGAUCUGAAUCUGCUAUGACUGACCCAGACGUCCUCACUGAGGUCCCGGCAGCUCUCAAACGCCUUGCCAAAUAUGUGGUGCGUGGCUUUUAUGGCAUUGAACAUGCUUUGGCUCUGGACAUUCUCAUCAGGAACCCCUGCGUGAAGGAAGAGGACAUGUUAGAGCUCCUUAAGUUUGACAGGAAGCAGUUGCGGGCUGUACUUAACACCCUCAAGGGUGACAAGUUCAUCAAAUGCAGGAUGAGGGUAGAGACAGCUCCAGAUGGCAAAACCACUCGUCAUAACUACUACUUCAUCAACUACCGCCUUCUGGUUAAUGUGGUGAAGUACAAGCUGGACCACAUGAGGAGGAGGAUAGAGACGGAUGAAAGAGACUCCACCAAUCGCGCCUCUUUUAAAUGCCCCAUUUGCUUCAGCACUUUCACAGACUUGGAGGCCAACCAGCUGUUUGACCCCCGAACAGGAACUUUCCGCUGUACUUUCUGUGAGACUGAAGUGGAAGAAGAUGAGUCGGCGAUGCCCAAAAAGGAUGCAAGGACACUCGUGGCAAGAUUUAAUGAGCAGAUUGAGCCCAUCUAUGCGCUGCUUCGUGAGACAGAAGACGUUAACUUAGCCUAUGAAAUCCUCGAGCCAGAACCCACCGAGAUUCCUGCCCUGAAGCAGAGCAAGGAACGUGCAGCUGGUGCUGGUUCAGGCACAGCAGCUGGCCUUGCAGGUGGACACCAUCGGGAAGCAUGGACUACAAAAGGACCAUCGUAUGAGGACUUGUAUACCCAGAACGUUGUCAUCAGCAUGGAGGACCAGGAGGAUCUUAACCGGUCUGCAAAUGAAGGAAAGCCAGCCAGAGAGAGGCCAAUUUGGCUACGGGAGAGCACAGUGCAGGGGGCUUAUGACCCUGAUGAGAUCAAAGAUGGGGGCCGGGAUCUGGAUGCCUUCCAGGAGCGUGAGGAGGGCCGGGCAGCUCUGGAUGAUAAUGAGGAGGUGAUGCGUGCCCUGCUUAUCCACGAGAAGAAGACACCUUCUGCUUCAACAGUCACUGUCGGAGGUGCUGCUCCUCUCUCCGGUGCCAACGCUAGUGACUCCGAGAGCGAGACAAGCGAGUCGGAGGAGGAAUCCCCUCCCCGCGCUCCCACCACAGCCACCACAACAUACGGGCUAGAGGAUGAGGAUGAGGAUGAAGAGUUUGAGGUGGUGGCAGAGGACCCCACUGUCACAGUGGCUGGGCGUCCGCACUCCUACAGCCAAGUGAGCCAGCGCCCUGAGCUGGUGGCCCAGAUGACGCCAGAAGAAAAAGAAGUUUACAUAGCCAUGGGGCGACGCAUGUUUGAGGAUAUGUUUGAUUAACUGCUUCCUGCCAUGGCAUUUUUUUAAAAGUGACUUUUUAAGCCAGAGACUCCCUAGUAAAACAGAAGACUGAAGUGCAUCUUUCCUCCCCUGUGCACAGGGAUAUUGGGGCUUGGGACUGCUAAUCUCGGGCAUCUUGCCCGCCAGAGACGGGGAGCAGGAAGGCUGCAUGUGCCAAAACAGGUAGAGGAGGACAAAUCUCAGAAGUGAGGAUGCUUGCAAGGUAAAAAUCUGCUUCAGGGUGCCCUGCACGGGCACUGCUUUAACAUUCUCCAAGGCCCCAGCAGCUGCCUCUCCCCGAUUGCUUUGAGUUGAUUUUUGUUGCAGAUCCUAGUGAAGUCCACACCCCUGCCCUCAGAGGACCCGAGUGCUCCGUGGUCUCAUCAAAGUGCUCUGCAGAGGAGGGUGUAAGUAACGUUACAGCUGCCUGUGCUCAGUGAGGGGAGAGGAGAGGGAAGCACUCAUCUGCUGAUGGCAAGCUUGGGCCAGAGUUGUAGCCAACCUCCUGCCAGCGGCCACUGGAAUGGCUAUUUCCAAGCAGACCUGUGGGCAGCAACCUUUUCUUGCUCCCAUUCGCUCCUUACUAGGUCUUGACACCUCAAGGUCAGGUGUAACUUAAAGCAUGCAGAGUGAAAGCCUUGGCAAGCGCACAGUCACUCAUUGUCAGUGUAAUGAAAGCCCUCCAUGGAUCUGAGCUGUCAGAGCGCUCCGGCUUAUCAGGAGAUACCUUCAUUUUUCCAGUAUUGCUGCCCGUCGCUUCUGCCUGGCCCUGUCCGAACUCCAGUGUUGCAGAUGGUUCGUAGUGGGCAGGGCCACAGUCAGGCAGUGCCAGAGAAAUAGCAUAGCUAGUUUUUAUUUGCAGUCACACCAGGGCUGUAUCAUUUUAGUAGGAAUUAUGCAAUUUUGAGUUCUGCUUUGGCACUCUUUUACCAUAGAAGAACAUUCAUUAGUGCCUACAGAGCAAUAUCGUAUUUUUAAUGUUUUUCUCUUUCAACUGAAAAUGUUGUUUUUUUAAAAUUCUUGUGUUUUCCUAUCCAGUACUACGAUAAAAUAAAAUGAUAAAAGAAUUUUGUGUUCCAGAGGGUAGGGGCAGUAUUAUGUACUGUUCAAUUUACAUGGGCGGCAUGAAUUUGCUGUUCACUGAGACUGUAAAUCUGUUUUAUACUAACUAUGCUUUCUAUGUUCUGCUAACCUUGUAAUGCCUCCUUUGUGGUUUUAUUUUCAGCUUCUUGAUAUUUUGGACCCCCGUCUUUUUUUAAAUAGUGUUUAAAUUUGCUUUUAAGUCAUUUUAAAGAGGAAUAAAUAAACAGAAACUUC